UUUCGAACGACCUGCAAUCCUCCCGCUCUUCAAUUCUUUCGACCGCUGUGCGCUCGAGGUAGUGGAAAGGAAGCCGUUAGUACAUACGUGGAGGAGAGCACGUCAUGGACCUCGACGCGAGGUCACUCGAACGUGUCCCGAACUCAGGGUCCGCAGAGUACGCCCGGCCAGCAGCCCACAAACGGUCGGGGAAAUGGAUACCGAAGGACCCCUGGGCAAAAGCCGCGGUUAUCUGGGCCACCGUGCAGCUGUUAAUCAUCGUCCUUCUUGAAGCCAUUGUGCUGAAGAAGCACGCGGACAAUAACGAUCAGUUGAAGCUUGCGCUGGGGCAAGACAAAAACGCUAUCGCCAACGCAAGUGCACUCACCAUCUACCAUGCUCUCUUCAUGGUGGCGCAAGUGUUCCAAUGGGUUCUUGCGGCAGAUGCGGUGCAUACAUAUUCGAUGAUCGAAAUGGUGUCGACAACUCUGUUCAAUUGCGCCCUGUUUGCGUACGCUGGGAUGCAGUAUAAGCAGGCUAAGGAUAUUGCCGACGGUAUAUCACGCUCACCGAACUUUGAGGCCACCACGGGACUUCUGAAUGCCCAUCCCGCCUCGACUAUGGAGAUUAUCAUCGUGUGUGCCAUGGGCUUUUUUGUCGUGGGAUGGAUCGUUCUCUCGCAACGCCUGUACAGAGUCUUCGGCUGGAGCAUCUUCAAGGAGCUGGGAGCGGACAUCUCCGUGCGAAACCGUCUCAAGCUGUAUCACAUCUACCUGAUGCUGUUGAAGCUGGAUGUCUUCUUUUUCAUUGGAUUCGACGUGCAGUACCUCAUUCUGGUUAUCCUGAGUGGCAAUAGCGGCGGAUCCCCCAACGAGAAGUGGAUACAUGGCUUUGGCGCCAUACCGUUCACACUUGUUCUGCUAGUGAUUGCGUACAUGGCAGUGCGUCGGGAGAGCAAGAUCCUGAUGACAGCGACGCUGUUGGGACUGUCGGGAGGGAUUGGAUACCUUAUAUCGAAAUUGGUGGACGUGCUGAGAAAAGGCGAUCAACCAAAGUAUUCAGGAAGCAAGAAUUCUUUGACAUUCUUCGAGGCGAUAACGCUUGGCAUGUGCGUGGCAACGUUCAUAUUCGCGCUGCUUACCUUCCGGAACUUUGGGAAGGGUUUGAAAGAGCAGUUGAGCAAGUCGAGACGAGGGGACUUGGAGAUGGACAACAUGCAACGAGGACGGCAAGGACGGCAGAAGGAUACGCCUCGAUACACCCUCGAGUAAGCUCUGUGUUUGGCACACUGCCAAACUUUGUUGUCUCCCAUAUCAACCCGACCCGAGACGCUUUUGUGAGAAAAGGGCCGGAUCGCCCUCGGGACCCACCUACUCCCGAAAUGUCUACAUCAAGCACAGCUGACACUCGCGAUUGGAACACGGACUUCCCUACGGCCGUCAUCACACACCCGCCUCUAAUCCCACAUUUACACAUAGAACAAUCUGUAUUUUCAGUCUAUCCCUGGUGGAUUAUCCUUCCCGCUCCUUUUUGUUUCGCAGACUUUCUCUGUGUUUUGUAUAGCGGCGUAGCACGUGUUCCCGGCCUAUUGUACCGGCCAUUGACUGAGGCAGGGUU